GUGGGGGAAGAAAGGUGGUGCCUUUGUAUUACCCCCAACCCCACCACUCGGCAACCCAUACGUGUUAAUGUAGUGUAUAUAUAAAGACACGUGUUCCAUGAAGCAGCCUUUUGUCCCAAUGUUCUAUUUAACACCUCAGUCCUCACUCUACAGAGAAAAUGUGGAGCCAGCUCUCGAAAAACAGACUGACUCAAAAAGGGGGAAAACUUCAAGAUUAUAAUAGGAAGAAUUUAGAUUACGGCCAAAUGGUGGACAAGAAUUCGCCGGAAUGGCUUCCUCCGGGCUUUGUCGAGAAGAUAAAACACAGCUUUGGAAGAAAAAUCAAGUAUUACUGCAACUCGGCAACAGGCACGAAGUAUUACUCCAAGAAGGAUGUCCUUCGUUGUGCUGAAAGGGAAAAUGUCUGCCAUGAUACACCACAAGCAACAAGUAUCGAAGACAAUAAGCUCUCUGAUGACAAAACUGGUUCUACUGAUGGUCCACAGAUUGAACCUAAAACAACCGAUUCUCCUGAAUGGUUACCCCAUGGGUGGAUAACGGAGGAAAGAACUCGAAAGAGUGGUUCGUUAAUGGGGAAGACUUACUUGGUAUGUAAUGCAUAAAAGUAGUCAUUUUCCUUAAUCUACCUGUAGUCAUUUCUUGCAAGUUGCAUCUUUGCUUGCAAGCUAGAUUUGUACUUUAUAAGAUAUUACAAUAGCUGUGUGCUGACUGAUUACUGUUUCUAGAAGGGCAGAAUAGAAAAUCAAUCUAGAAGAUCGAGAGAUUAUCUUAUUUUAUUUUAUUUUGUUUUUUUCUAACUUUCCUUCCUUUUUCUUUUUUUCUUUUUUUAAAUUAGGAUGACUUUCCAAAGCUUCAGUGCUAAUUGUGAAGAUUAUAUUAAAUUUUAAUACAGGAAUGCUUGCUAGUGUGCCAUGUACAAAAACACGGGGGAAAAUACUAUAAUUUUUGUCUGAUAAAUACUGCCGGCUCAAUCAUGAAAGUUCUAUGGAUUAUUUGUUGGAUUGAAAACUUGAUUCUAUUUCUGGCAGUUGGCCAAUAAUGUUGAUGAAUUCUUUCGAAGUCAACUAUUUUCC